CUACUUGGGUCAUUUCCAAUAAUAGCUCCGUCAUUUCAACCUCUAAAAAUAGUCACUGGACUCUCCAUAAAACAGCUGCACCUUCCAUGUUGAACAGCAGACUGAAGCCCAGGCAGAGCAGAGAUAACUUGUCUAACUGAUCCACGAACAUAGUGAAGAAUGUCUGAACGCAGAAUACCCUUCACUUUCCUCCGUACACCCAGCUGGGAGCCUUUCCGGGACUGGUACCAAGGAACCAGCCGAUUGUUUGACCAGUCAUUUGGUAUGCCAAGAAUACCUGAAGACUGGUACCAAUGGCCUAGCACUAACUGGCCUGGUUAUGUCCGUCUUUUUCCAAGUCACUCAGUAGCUGUGCCACCAACUACCCCAGCUGUUGCUGCAUCUGCUGCGGAGACUGUGCCUGAUUUCCAAAGGGUUUUGAGUCGUCAACUCAGCAGUGGAAUCUCUGAGAUCCAACAUACAUCAGACCACUGGAAGGUCAGCUUGGAUGUCAACCAUUUUUCUCCAGAAGAACUGGUUGUGAAAACAAAGGAUGGCAUUGUGGAAAUCACAGGAAAGCAUGAGGAGAAACAAGAUGAGCAUGGAUUUAUUUCCAGAUGCUUUACCAGAAAAUACACUCUUCCUCCAGGCGCAGACAUUUCCACUGUGACUUCAUCUCUUUCCCCUGAUGGGAUUCUGACAGUAGAGUCACCGCUCCCUAAACCAGCAAUCCAGUCUGCAGAGAUCACUAUUCCUGUAACUUUCCAGAGCAAAGCGGAGAUUGGCAAAUCUGACACUAAGAAAGAAGAAACUGCCAAAAAAUAAGAUCCUGAAAUGUCAACGGAGCAGAUUUCUCUCACUGGUUUCUGUGUUAUAUCACCCAUUUUUACACAAAUAAUGCAGUUUUGACAAAUACAUUUUGAUGGAAAAAAGUAGUAUAAGUCUUUAUCUUUUUCUGUUUAUUCCAAUACAAAAAGAAAUGUACACCAACUUUAAAGUGGACCUGUUACCAAUCCCCCCAAAUUUUGAUUUUACUUUUUUGAUGUGCCCUGAUCACAUUCCUUUUUACAGUUUCCUGAUACUGCCUUCCAUUGCUGAGAUAUGAGGGUUUAUAGUUUGACCAUUCAGACAAUCAGUCAGAUAGGUGUGAACUUCAUUUUAAU